UGGAGGAGGACCGGGUGUUAUAAAGGUCUGCCGGGUGUUAUAAAGGUCUGUCUCUAACACAGGUACUCGUCAGGUUCCUCUCUCAAACAAGGACUUCGGGUUUCAUUCAGCCGGGAGAUGUUUGCAACAGCAACCAGAAACUUUGUGCAGGAGGUGGAUCGUGGAGGUUUGCUGAUCCCAGUGUCCAGCCUGAAUGACACCAUUAAUCUUCUGACAGUGGUGGUGAAGCACAAGCGCUUCUGGGUCUGGCAGAAACCCAAGUACAUUCCAACUGAUUUUAACCUCAAUGAUAUACUGACAGGAGACACACCUAUAAAGCCAGUUGUCGUAGAGACAGAUUUCAUCAAAUACAAUGGGACAUUUGGUGACAACAUUCAGGGGACCGUAGACGCAAAUUUUGCCAAGUCCAAUGUGAGCCUUGAGGGUAAAGACUCUUCCAAACUCCAGUCAUCGUUUGGCAGUUUGAAGAAAGAAGAAGUGGAUGUGCAGAAGUUGCUGCGAGGCUCCAAAGACAGGGUCCUGGAUAUGUCCCAUGGUCUGGUCCAGCAGACUAAGGAGAAGCCCAGACAGGUUUUUGGGAUUGUGAAGGAGCGUAUUGUGACUACUCAGCCCAGUUCUGUCAUAGAGGAGGUGCAGCAGGGAGCACAGUGUGGAGGAGCACUGAGCCUCUGCGGGCCCAACAGCACAAAGGUUUCCUUGAAGGAGAAUGGGAGCUUGAGUAAAGACAGUGAUAUCACCAUGGAGAUUCCCAUCCAUACUACCAUUGCAUAUGCUCUAAUAGAGCUAGAGAUCAAACAUGAUGGGCACUAUGAGCUGUGUCUGAUGCCAGACACCACUGGACGUUUUGAAGUAGACGGCCCCAAGAAAGGACUGUUGCAUGUCUUUGGAGCUCCUGCCUCUGAAAAUAGCAACCUUACCCAAGAGCUGGAGCAACUGAAAGAGCAUUUCCAACUGCUUUCAGCUCUUCCUGCCACCACAAGGUCUUCUCUACUCCAACAAAUCACAAAAGUAAUGGCGGACCGAGGGGCUCUCAGUUCACUGCAGAACGUGCUGGAACAGAUGUGCUUUGAUAAGAGACCUGCCCUUGGUGAUGAUGUCACAACGACAGAGUCACAAAAACAGAACGUCCAAGCAAUUAUCGACCUUUUAGAGCAAUCUGGUCAAGUGGAUUCCAGAAGAGUCCUCUCGGCAUUUCACCUCAUUACCAGCGCCAUGGACGAGAUGACACAUGAUUGUCUUUCUGUUUUGGGAAUGUGCUGCAGCCUCACUGUGUUACCGGCUCUGGAGCUACUGGUGCAGUGCGUAUCGGGGAAGGGGGAGUUGCCUCUGAGCAGCUCAGGCUUAGCUGCACUGACAGAAGACGUCUAUGAAAAGACUGAACUUCUGUUUGCCUCCUCUAAUGUGUCCCUGAAGAGAGAUGGAAACACAGUGAAGACAGAAAUAAGCUCCCUCUCAGGAAACCGUCCUCUGGUCCUGUGUAUCGCUGUCAGAGGUCUUGCCUCGUUAGCCAACUGUGAUUGAACUGAAGACAGAUUAAUAUCCUCCCAAAACUUGAGACUUAACACUAGAAUGAGGUAAAGUGGAUCAAGUAGAUCAAUUGUUAUCUAUGAAUGUUUGGUUUUUUUCUCUUUUUGGUGAAGUAGAAUUUCCACUAAGACAAUUAUUCUGUAAGGCAACUAUGUAAAGUUGUGUGUUACUAAAAGUUAAGCCACACCUUCAAGCCUCACCUUCACACCUUUUUGGGUCAUAGUAUUUAAAAGAAGAAUCUUGUUUCAUUGUAACCUUAAAAUGACAUUUUAUGAACAGAUUUGCAUUUGUUAUUUUUUUACCACCAUUGUCUGGGUGAAUACUAGAUUCUGAUUGGCUGUAGGGUGUCGUUUAAUUCCUGAUAUAGGACGAGGAACAUAUAAAAGAGGAAGAGUCACUACAUCAGUAUCCUAGUUCUAUUAAGGCAUUGCAAGUCCCACUACAAAUCUAUAAACAUAUCUGUGUUGUUUCACCUUUGACUGCAAAUUGCUUUUACAAAAUAAAAAAUAAAAACA